AUGGAAGUUGUUUGGCAAUUAGCAGUGGAACACAUCAUAGACGGAUUUUACUUUAUUAAGGUUCUGAAGUUUAAAUUCUGUUAUAAAAAGUCCGAUUACUUGGGAUUCGCGGUUAUUAUUACACACGAGGUUGCUCAGAAGCUUCUAAAGCAUCAUCGUCAUUCACAAACUCUUGGAUUGGUUAUUGGAGGUUCAGCUAGAAGAACUGAAGCUGAAAGCCUUGCUAAAGGGAUAAAUAUAGUGGUAGCUACUCCUGGUCGUCUUCUGGAUCAUCUACAAAAUACCAAGAGAUUCAUAUAUAAUAACCUGAAGUGCCUCAUUAUCGAUGAAGCUGACAGGAUAUUGGAAGCAAACUUUGAGGAUGAAUUGAAGCAGAUUAUCAAGCUCCUCCCAAAGAACAGACAGACAGCUUUAUUUUCAGCUACACAAACAAAGAAGGUUGAAGAUCUUGCUCGCCUGUCAUUUCAGACGACUCCUAUCUAUAUUGAUGUAGACGAUGGGAGAAAGAAGGUUACAAAUGAAGGGUUGCUUCAGGGUUAUGUUGUUGUUCCCUGUGCCAAGCGAUUUAUGGUUCUUUAUUCCUUCUUGAAGAGGCACAAAUCGAAAAAAGUGAUGGUCUUUUUCUCUUCAUGCAACAGUGUCAAAUUCCAUGCAGACAUUUUUAAUCACAUUCAUUUGCAUUGUUCAAGUAUUUACGGAAAACAAAAGCAGCAGACCCGGACAACUACUUUUGUUGACUUCUGCCAAGCAGAAAAGGGCAUCUUGCUCUGUACUGACGUUGCUGCUCGUGGACUGGACAUACCUUCUGUGGACUGGAUUUUGCAGUACGAUCCACCUGAUGAACCAAAGGAAUAUAUCCACAGGGUCGGUAGAACAGCUCGUGGGGAAGAUGGAAAAGGCAAUGCUUUACUUUUCCUGAUUCCUGAAGAAUUGCAAUUUCUUCGCUAUCUGAAGGAAGCUAAGGUCCCUGUGAAAGAAUACGCUUAUGAUGAAAAGAAGGUGGCAAACAUACAGUCUCACCUGGAGAAUUUGGUUGCUGAAAAUUAUUUUUUGAAUAAAAUGGCUAAAGAAGCUUAUAAAUCAUACAUAUUAGCAUACAAUUCACAUUCUUCAAAGGAUAUAUUCAGUGUUCAACGCCUUGAUAUGCAGGCUGUUGCUGCUUCAUUCUGUUUUUCGAACCCUCCAAAUGUGAGUCUAAACAUAAACAUGAGCAAGCAAAGGAAGAAAACUCGCAGAGUUGAUGGAAGUAGACAUGGGUUCAAUCCUAACAAUCCUUAUGGAAAGCGAAAUGCUGAUGAUAAGCGGCAGUUUGUGAGGCAUUAAAAGCAAGCAUGUCAUGGCCAUUAUAACCAAAAAGUUUUGGUAGAAUUUUAUACAACCAGGUUUUGUAACUUAGUCAAAUUAGUCAACAUAUGAUUAUUCAAGAGAUCAAAAUUUUGUACAAUUGGACAUAUGUUUCCACAUUCUCUUGCCUUGUACCUGAAUAAUAGCCCUCCAUUCUUAUGAUUUAGUUUGUAAUUAUUUUUUUAUUGUAAGUUCUAUCAUUAACUUUUAUUCAAUCAGGUUUAAAUGCAGUUUGAUUUUGAA